AAUAUGAAAUUAAAGUUAAAUUUUUUAGGAAAAUUAACAUAAAAAAGUGAGUACGAACGGUAGGAGAGGUAACCCGGCAACUGCGAGAGAGCACAUCGUUGCUUCACCAUCUUCGUGCAAUCUUCAAUUUCUUCUACAACAAUGCUUUACAGAGGUAAAUUUGCUGAUGGUGGUGAUGGGCGUGAAAUGGCUUCAAAACGUCAGCGGACAGUUGACGCGGGAUCUUCAUUCUAUGGUUCCCCUGGCUCCAGUUAUAUGUACAAUCCAUCUCCAUAUGGAUAUGUCAGCCAACCUCCUCCUCCACCAUUUCCUGUUGUUCGACUGCGCGGUCUUCCCUUUGAUUGCACUGAAACUGAUGUGGCCGAGUUCUUCCAUGGUCUAGACAUAGUUGAUGUUCUUUUUGUUCACAAAGGUGGCAAGUUUUCCGGCGAAGGCUUCUGUGUUUUGGGAUAUCCUCUUCAAGUUGACUUUGCUCUUCAAAGAAACAGGCAGAACAUAGGUAGAAGAUAUGUUGAAGUUUUCAGAAGUAAGAGGCAGGAAUACUACAAGGCAAUUGCAAAUGAGGUUUCAGAUGCUCGAGGCGGUUCCCCUCGUCGUAGUGCUCCCCGAGCUAAAUCAUAUGAUGAAGGAAAAGAUUCGGCUGAGCACACAGGAGUGUUGCGACUGAGGGGAUUACCAUUUUCUGCUAAUAAGGAUGACAUAAUGGAUUUCUUUAAGGAGUAUGUGUUGUCGGAGGAUUCGAUCCACAUUGUAAUGAAUUCAGAGGGAAGACCAUCUGGGGAGGCUUAUGUGGAAUUUGAAAAUGCUGAUGAUUCAAAAGCAGCCAUGGCAAAGGAUAGAAUGACGCUUGGGAGUCGCUAUAUAGAGCUAUUCCCUUCAACGCAUGGUGAGAUGGAAGAUGCAAUUUCAAGAGGACGAUGAUUGCUCGGUUGGUUCUCUCAUUUGCUCUUUCAUAUGUUAUAAUUCUUAGCUUGAUCUUAUAAUUGCUACAAUUUUGCUCAAGGAGAUAUUCUAUCACUGUAUCUGUUUUAGGAUCAUUAUGAUUUUUUAAGUGUGCUGAUAGUGUGAAGAGCAGAUUGAAUUAUAUGGAACUUUCUUAUUGGUUGUCAAGUAUCAGGUUCUUCUCUUUCCCCGUGAAAUCAGACACGGAGGAAAAUUGUUUAUAUCUGGUUUUGAGGUGAAUAUUUGUUGAUAAGGCAAAUGCAGUAGCUUGCUCUCUGCCUUUCUGAAAUAAAUUUUCAUGCAUUCUAGCUA